AUGAAAGUUCUUUUAGUAACAUUAUGUGUUUUAAUAAGCGCUAAAAUCUCAUUAACGGAUGAUAGUCUAGGGAAACCAACUGAAGCACCACUUUUAACGUCUACAGCUAAACCAUCAAAUUCAUUAAAAAUAGUCACAAAACCAACGAAAUCGGCAAUACUCAACAUAGAAAAUAAAUCUGAACACUCAAAUAAGGAGCCCGAAACUUCAACACAUGGAUCAAAUGUAAAGUCUUUAAAAGUAACAGGGUUAGUAACGAAUGAUGGUAAUAUAUAUGAUAUUGAGGGGAGCAAUGGUAUAGGCUUAAUUGAAUCCCGGCAGGCUCAAAAUGACGAUCAACAAACACACGUAUGCAAUUAUGGAACAGUAGUUAUAUACAGUGAUAUACCAUGCAACGAAGUGACAAACGUUGCAAUAGGAGAAGUGCAGGAAGAGACCUUGCAAGAAAACAAUGAAACGCAAUCCGAAAAAGAAACUAAUAACGAUUUGAAUUCGGAAAAUGAUUCUCCUGAUCGUUUUAACGAAUACGAUUCUGCAGAAGAAUUUCAACAAAGAAAACAAAAAAAACGUCCUGUCAAGAAUCGCAAGAGAAAUCAGUUCAGAAAUAGAAAUAAUAAAAAUCAAAACCGUAAGCGACAAAACUUCAAUCGUCCCAUAAAAAAACAGCAAAGCAACAGAAUACAACAAAAACAUCGAAAUCAAUUUCGUCGGCAACAAAAUUUAAAACGAAAUCGGAAUCGGAAUCAGUCACUACUACAGGAAAACAAUGUUCGAAAUGGACCAAAUCAGAAACGAAGAAGAAAUAAUCAAAACCGCUUUAACGACUCAAGAGAGUAA